AAGAGCGCAUGCGCAGGCCUGCUCGUUCCUUUUGCCUUGUUACCAGCGAGAAAGCAAGAUGGGUCACCAGCAGCUCUAUUGGAGCCACCCGAGAAAGUUCGGACAGGGUUCGCGCUCUUGCCGCGUCUGCUCGAACCGGCACGGCCUGAUCCGCAAAUACGGCCUCAACAUGUGCCGCCAGUGUUUCCACCAGUGUGCAAAGGACAUCGGCUUCAUCAAGUUGGACUAAAGUGGACUUCUGGAAGUGGUCAUCAAAGACAUCUACGUGACAUCAGAAGAUGCUGGCCCUUUGUACAUAAAUAAAAUGACUUCAAUUAUAAAAAAAAAAAGAAAAUAGAA